GGCAGUUUUUAUUUGUCUCGUACAAAUAGACUUCCCAGGCUGCUUCAGAAGCGAGCGGGCCGGGACUCGGGGAGAUGGCGAGAUGCGAGCAGAUCUAUUCACGUCUCAAGAUCUCAUCUCUCGGCUGACCCGAGAUAUCAAUGAACAAACCGUCCACUUUGCCGCCGUGAGGGGGCUCACCCCAUCUCUUCGAAGGACACCCAUCAUCGUUGCGUUACUACGCAGGCAUUUCCACUCAUCCACUCUCAACUCGACAUGUCUAACGUCUCCGGGAUCGACAAGGUCUCCGGCCAGAGCUUCGACUAUAUUAUAGCUGGUGGCGGGGGAUGCGGACUAACUUUGGCAGCACGAUUGAGCGAAGAUCCUUCCACGGCUGUCCUUGUGCUGGAAUCCGGAGGGGCAAACCUCAAUGAUCCGGAACUAUUGCAUGCCGCCUUGUUCGGCUCACAUUUCGGCAAACCUCAGUAUGAUUGGGCCCAUAACUCGGUCAAACAGAAACACCUUAACAAUCGGUCCGUGUAUUUUUCACGAGGAAAAGGCCUUGGUGGUUCGACUGCUAUAAACUUCUUGGGGUAUUGUAAGCCGCCGGCACGUCACAUAGAUGAUUGGGAAACGCUAGGCAACCCUGGAUGGAACUGGGAGGCUCACCAGGAGAUGCUCGAGAGGAUAGAAAGAUUUCAGCCUCCGCCUGAAGAUAUCCAGAUAAGAUCUAAGACAGACCCCUCCGCUUGGAAAUUCGGGAGGAAUGGACAGCUUUUGGUCGGAAUCCCAUCAAUCCAAGAUGGUGAGCUCAAGCUGACAGAGGCUAUGGAGAACGCUGGACUACGUCCGGCACCCCAACCCUACAACGGAGAUCCAAAUGGAUGGUUCUGGUGUGCCAGCACCUGCGACACAGAGACGUACACGAGAUCGUAUUCGACGACCGCAUUCUAUCUGCCAAACAAAGACAGGCCAAACUUGUCCGUUCUAACGGACGCUCACGUGCGCCGCGUCCUCACCCAGCCUGGCGCUGCUGGCAAUCUUACUGCCACUGGCGUCGAAUUUGGCUAUGGUGGCGAUAUUCAUAGCGUGCGAGCCACCAGAGAGGUUAUUUUGAGCGCCGGAGCGCUCAAGUCUCCGCAGAUCCUAGAGUUGUCUGGGAUUGGCCGAAAUGAUGUACUGUCGAAGAUUGGAGUUCCCGUCAAGCUCGAUCUUCCUGGUGUCGGCGAAAACAUGCAAGAACACAUGGCACUUGCGAUGUCGUGGGAGCUGAAAAAUGAGUUCCCGUAA